AGCAUGUUUGGCCCGUGGAGUGACUCUGCGUCUGGCGCAACGGCUGGGCCACCACCCAUGGCCGACGGCCCCCUUCAGGCCACCCAGUACGACCGCACCACAUCAUCCGAAUGGACGUGGGUAAGCUGCUGACCUGAGACGACCCACGGCAACUAGUGACCACUCAAUGUGUCCACUACUUUGAGUGUCCCAGGUCGCUGUGAGCGAGCUCUUCGUCGGAGGCGUCGCUGUGUGUGUGGGCUGUCUCCCACUCGUCAGAGGCGGGGAGAUGCUGAGGAGGGUUCAGGCACAGUUGUUCGUACGGGCCCUGAAGGAGAAAAAGACGGAUAGUCUCUUUCAGGGGACCUUCAACGCCACCGACUGGUCGACGUACUGGGUAGGUUCUGAUGCAGCGCGUUGACGAAUCACACACAGGGGUGUCUUUUCAUGGUCAGGUGCGCCCCAACCAGCAGCUGCCGCCUCAGGGUUUGGGCGCAUUGCCGAUCGUCAAGGCCACGUAAGGGAAUGGGAGGUCGAUGGCGGCCGAACCAACAAAGUGCUGGGUUGUGACUGGAUGGAUGUGUGCAGUGCCUUUCACUUGUGCAUUGAGCUGUCCACCCGGCCGCCGUCCAUCGCUUCACGCCGCGUCAUGAGGACCACAGAAAUGUACGAGAGCGUCAAGUCUCACCUCGUCAACAUGCUCACCAGAGUGCUGGCGGAGAUGGUCGACCCCGACAUCCGUACUUAUCUGGACGGGGCGACGAGCGCCUUCGAGCAGACGACUUACCGCGCGUUCCUGGGGGCUGUGGUCGCACGGGUCAGAGCGGACCGCUCGAUUAUCAGCCAGGUGUGUCACAACACCGACCCGCAGUGUUGUCGAGUGGUCUCAGUCGGGCCAUCUGACGCUGUAUGUGUGUGUAUGUGUGUGUGUGUGUGCGACGGUCAGGACGUGCGAAGAGGGAGGCUGGAGGAGAGUGCCGGGAAGGUCGUCCGAGUUCUGACCAAGAUAGCCGAGCACGUGAUGGCGGCGGCCCCCGCACUGACGGAGGACACGUGGAAGUACCGCACUCCCAACAACGUCCGCCGGCUCGACCCAAUCAAGGGUGGCGGCGGCCCACGGCCCCAAGACCAGGACGCCGGAUUUUACGCACAGCUGACCCGCCAGCAGGACGGCGUGUCGGUCAAAAAACAAGCGGCCUUCUGGCCCAGCAGACGGCUGAACAACAAGCUGGUGUCUGUGGUGGCCCUCAAACCAGGCGGCACACGGUACCCGCACGGCGAGCCGAAGAGCGUCAAGGAGAUGGCGAUUGAGGCGAUCGAGAUGGUGCGCGGUUGGGAGGAGGACUAUCUCGCUGAGGUGCGGGAGGCACAGAGGGCAGCUGCGAUGGAGGCGGGUGACUCGUUCCACUCAGAGGAUGUGGAGCUGCGGCAGUGCGGGGGGGGAAGAAGGGGACCAACCGGCUGGCAAAUCAGGGGGCGCAGGCGAAUCGGAUUCGGCAGUACCAACAGAGGCCUGACGUGUCUGUGUCUCCCCUCGACGACCGUGAUGGGGACGGGGAUGGCGGAGAAGGUCAGUGAAGAGGGCCCGGGGCAAUGAAAAGCCAGGUGUGUCGUGUUCAUGGUUGUGUGGUUGCCCGUGUCCAGGUGCAGGCAGGGACGAGGAGGACAUGAUGGAUGACGGUGUCCCCCCAGCAGCAGCAGCGGCAGCAGAACCAGCUGAUCACGCUGAUGUCCGC